UCCAACAUGGCGACAGUAAGCUGAGGAAAAGUCGCAGUGAUAUAACGUGAAGCAGAAAAAUACUGAAUUUUCUAACCUAGCUUCCAGUCAUUCCUUUGCAAACAAACCCACUUAAAAGAACGAGCUCUGAGGAAUUAUACCUGACCCCCUUCUCCUCCAAAAGAGUGUAAUUUUGGCAGGGAAGGGGUAAACAUGGCUGUUGUUUUUGAGCAGGGAGGUCGUGUGCAGGAGUUUUUGCAUGGGCGUGAAUCGGCAGGUUUAGUUUUUCAUCAGUUGUUCGCACAACAGGAAGAGCCUAAAGAUAAAAAGCCAAACCAAGCCAAGAAGAACAAGAAAGAUGGCGUGGAGAAGGCCAAGACCUCAGACAAAACAAAGAAGGAUGUCAGCCCAGACUCCAUCCGCUUCCAGCCUCCCAACAUUGAGUUGCAGGGCAACGCCUCGGCCUUCAGCAUCUACGCCACGGUGCGGGAGUACGUGCUGGAGCGGGACAUGAUGGAACGGGAGCUGAUCCUCAUACGGGCCAACUCGGCUGCGGGGAAAAGGGAGGAGUCGGGUCACGAGGCGGAGGAGGUGGCCAAGACGGAGGACGCUCUCAGAUUACCAAAGGUUGUUGGUAUUGGAUUGCGUAGUGUGUUUGUCCUCAUCCGAGACACCCACAGUUCCUACCCAUUGCUGUGCGCCCGUGCUCUUCAAGCGUUGCUGGAUAUGCUACAAGGGCAGACUCCGGAGGGCCUCUCUAAGGAACCUGACGACAUGAUUGACUCCCUGUUUGAGCUUCUCUUAGACCUGACCAUAGACCACCGGCAGGAAGGUCCUGAGAACCUCCCCGGCCUGCCUUCCAUCUCCUCCCUGAGCUGUGCCUGCCUCCUCAGUCUCAUCAUCGCCAGCGGCAACACGGGCAAGAUGCUGGCCGGCAUAGCGGCCAUCCUCAUGAGCACGGGGAGCCUCUCCCAGCAAGCUUUCAAGGUUCCUUCUAUCUUGUCAAGUCUACAGCGCAGUGUGCAUGCCGUUCUACUCGGCAAAACACACUUCCCUGAUUGGCUGACGUCGGGCAUUCCCAGCCAAUCACAGCUGGACUCUUGGGAGGUGCAAAAUAUAGACAUAGAUGCGUGUUGUGAUAAUAACAGUGCAAUAGCCAGCGAUGGCUCCUACCUGUACAUACACACAGACACAGGCCUGUACAAAAUAGGCUCUGGAUUCUCCAGCACAAUCAAGGGUCAUAUUUAUGCAGCCAACAGGGAGUUUCACUCCCACGAGCGAGGCUGGCUGGGCCUCGCCAGGGGCCAACUCCUAUAUAAGAACGUAUCACAGGAUCAGCAUAGUGGGGCUGGAUGCGAGGCGGUCGUAGUGGACACUGAAUCCCUGAAGGAAAUUGGGACUUUUGAAAUCCCCAUCAUAGGAGGUACCUCCGCGUCUCUCCUUUUCAGUGAUGGGGAUAACAUCGGAUGUGUGUCCGCUGUAAAUGAUGACACCUUUGUGGUGCAGAGUUUCAACCCCCAGAGCUCCCCCGUGCUGAAGACCGGGGAGCUGCCGGUCAAACUGGCCCGGAAGUCCCUCCUGGCCUACGGUCCGUGGCCAGGCAGCGGUGAUAAGGAACUGCAUCUGGAGAAACAAGAGAUUGAAACCGGAAUGAACAGCGAGGGCAUGUACGUUGCGGCCGGCAAAGAGUUCUCUCUUAUCAGAACAAACUCGGGAAAGGUUUUGUUUAUGGGCAAGGCCCAGAGUCUGGGCAUCAAGCAGACCGGUCAGCCCAGCACCAAGUGGUCUGAGCUACCCAUCACCAAGUCACCCAAGAUAGUGCAAUGCAGCGUGGGACAUGACGGCUACCAUGCGGCCCUACUAGGGGAGGACGGUAACGUCUACUUUGCCGGGACGGCCAGGAAGGGAGAGGAUGGGGACCAAGUGAAGGGACGCCGGCAACUCAAGCCCUCCAAACCCAAGAAGAUGCUGAAAAUGGACGGCAAGACGGCCGUGUACGUGGCCUGCAACAACGGCAGCACGGCGGUGGUGACCAAAGAAGGCGAGCUGUAUCUGUUUGGCAAAGACACUCAUAAUGCUGACAGUAGCACAGGGUUGUACACCGAACUCAAAAACGUCAAAGUCACCCAGGUGGCCCUCGGCAAGGCCCACACCUGUAUCCUGACCAGCAGCGGGGCUGUCCACACGGCCGGCAUCAACAACAAGGGGCAAUGCGGCCGUGGACCGGCCCUGGGGCAUGGCGCUGGCAAGGAUGGCAAGAACGCCAACAUGGCGCAGAAGGAGGCGGUCAGUCCCGAGGAUGUGUGCGGGAACGGCGGUGGUGAGGGGGCCAACGUUGCUGCUGCACAGUUGAUGAGAACGCUCAUUGCAGAAGGAGAGGCGGCAGCAGACAUCUUGGCUCCGGGAGCCGAGGAGGACCCGGAGGAAGAAGAGCGAGAUGAUGAGCAGUGUGAGCAUGAGUGGAAGGCUGACCAGUGCAUGAUAUGCUCGCUGUGUGGCCUGUGCACGGGAUACGGAGACUCAUGCGUCAAUACCUUCCAGCCGGGCAGGAAUCCUGGAAUGGUAUGCGGUUGCGGCUCUGGCGACUCCGGUUGCACCAAGUGCGGCUGCUGCAAGGUCUGCGCCGGGGAGGCCCAUGAGCGUCGUGUCCUGGCCCCUGCCAUACCGCCCCGCGACGUGGGACCCGACGGUGGGGGGAACUUCCUGGGCGCCUUGGUCCAGCACGGCAACAUCCUGCAACACAAGCUGCUGGCCCAGCUGCGGUACGGGAUGAACCGACAGCAGGAUGGGAAACACCGACGGGUUGGGUUCAUCAUGAACCAGGACAAAGGCAAAGACGAGGGUAGCACCAGCGGCGAUGACCGGGACGUAGAGAGGGACUAUGGGCAGCAUGUCAUCCACCCACCAGGCCCUGUCACCUUACCCCUGCCAGCCACCCAGGUGGCCUGUGGUCUGCAUCAUACAGUGGUCCUUCUGAAGAAUGGUGAGGUGUAUGGUUUUGGGCUUGGCAACCACGGCCAGCUGGGCCAGGGAGAUUCUGGAAGCAGGACGGCACCAGUGCAGCUGCAGGUGCCAGAGACAGUCGUCCAGGUAGCGGCCGGCAGCAAUCACACUGUGCUGCUGGGAGUAUCUGGGAAUGUCUACACCUGUGGAAACUUCCAGAAAGGGCAGCUCUGCCGAGCCAUCCUGGAGGAGUCCAACGCCCCCGGGGCGGUGUCACACUCCAGGCCGGGCCCCGUGCCGGACAUGGGUCCACAGUACGGCCGCAAGGCCACCUGGGUAGGGGCCAGCGGGGACCAGACCUUCAUCAAGGUGGACGAGGCCUUGAUCAACCCCAGGAUGCUGGAGAACUCACUGGUGUUUGCCAACCAGAGCGUUAUAGGUGUGGUACCGCGUAACGGUGCCGCCGGAGUGCGUUGCCUGAUGCUGAGUCGCUUAGAUGGGACGUGUAACAGCUACACAGAGCAGGAUACAUCCUUCAAUUACGAAGACACUAGCGUGUGCCUGGAUCCACUGUAUAACGUACUAUGGUGCUUCUCCCCAGCCAGCGCCACCAUCACCUGCCACAGCGUCUUCCAGCCCAGCGUCCGCCCCAUCCCCACCCUGCCCUCCUCGGCCUCUGUCUUGACCCCUGAGCUGGCCCUGCCUUCCCCUACCCCGUCAGUCCAAGUCUCCAGGUCCCACUGCGCCUUGCACAUGCUGGCCUGCCUGGACACCUUGACGGCAGCCCAGGAGGCACAGUUGACCGUCGUGGCCGCUCAGACCGAGCGCCAGUGCAUCACCAAGGUCUAUUCCAAGGAGGACUUCAACAGCGUCAACAGAUUCGAAGGUGAGAGCUGUGGUGACUUUUUUUCCCUCCCACUUUUUUGAAUUGUAGCAGAGUUU